GAAAAGCGAACGCGAAAGCGGAAAUUGAGUGGAGCGGACGGUGGAGAGAAGAUGGUGCGCGAUCAGUAAUCACCAUUCUUCCUCUUCUUCUUCUUCUUCUUCUUCUUCUUCUGCUCUCUCUCUCUCUCUCUCUCUCUCUCUAUUUAUGUUCCCUUUCCCCAAACAUUUCAUUACACAGAAUCCAUCGCCUUCGCAUCAUUACCACCCCUACGUACCAACCAUUGAGCACGUCCUCUGCGCCUCCGUACUACUCCCAAAAUGUCGUGGCAAACUUACGUCGACGAGCACUUGAUGUGUGACAUCGAGGGUCAAAAUCAACACCUCACCGCCGCCGCCAUCCUCGGCCACGACGGUAGCGUCUGGGCUCAGAGCGCCAGUUUCCCUCAGCAGUUUAAGCCCGAGGAAAUCACUGGUAUCAUGACCGAUUUUAAUGAGCCAGGCCACCUGGCCCCUACAGGGCUACACCUGGGUGGCACAAAGUACAUGGUCAUCCAAGGAGAGCCUGGAGCUGUCAUCCGUGGAAAGAAGGGAUCUGGAGGCGUCACCGUAAAGAAGACUGGGCAAGCUCUGGUCUUCGGCAUUUACGAGGAACCUGUAACUCCUGGACAGUGCAACAUGGUGGUUGAGAGGCUCGGAGAUUACCUAAUUGAUCAGGGCCUGUAGGCCUAGCUCAUUUCUUGUUGCUUCUUAAUACCCCUCUUGUCAUUCACUUAUUUUAUCGGUCUCUCUCUCUCUCUCUCUUUUAAUUCCUUGGCUUUUAAACUCUGACUCAGUCUUAUUCAUGCUUUUAUGGCGUGAAAUGGAAGUGGAGUUGUUUCGGACCAUUUGAUUUGGGAACAUGAACAGUUUUUUUCUUUUUUUUUU